AUGAAUUUUUCAAUACUUAGAAGAAGUUUCUCGUUGAACUCUUCAAAACCUCAACAUCAACCACAUCAAGAUUUAGAAAUGGAUGAACCCCCAUUUUCUGUACUUAGAGGAAAAGAGGUGUACAUUAACAAAAUUCUCUCAAGAGAUUCAUCAACCGGUCAAUCAUCACGUAUCUACUACAGUAGCACAACGAGCUUAGGGGUGCCAUUUCAAUGGGAGAGGAAACCAGGAACACCAAUGAAUCCGCCACUAGAGAUUAUUUUACAACCACCACCACCACCAUUGCCACCAGCAGCACGAAGUUUAGCACUUCCACAGCCUAAUGUUGACAUGAGGGACUCCUCAUUGUCUUGGAAGUUUUGGUUAUGGAGGAGGAGAUUAAGCAAGAAUAUGAGGCUGCAUGUAUAUAAUCGAAGAGGGUAUCAUAUGAAAUUUGGUAGUAAUGCAAAAGGUAACAAGGUUAGUAGCGUAGAUGGUGAUUUGGAUGCUGAACUUGUGGGAUGGACUCAACGUGAUUCAAAAUCAUCAUCCUGUUCUACUUUAUCUUCCUCGACUGCUUUAUUAUCUAACCAUCAAAUUGAAAGCUUUAGAGAAGGGGUUCCGUUUUGUUGUACAACAUGGAGAAGACAUAAGUGGGGAAAUAAAUGA